UUCAAAAUACCUGCAAAAUGUCGCAAUUCAGUGGAACAUGGGAAGAAAGAGAAACGGACCCAAGUAUGGGACCAUUUAUGGAUGCAAUAGGACUAGGAGAAUACAAGGAUAAGUACAUGGGGGCAAGAUCGACGGCCACCUAUGAUGUAAACGGCGAUAACUGGAAGAUAAGGUGGACCACCUCCCUGUACCCAGACGAUCCCAUGAACUACGACAUCCAGGUCGGAAAAGAAUUCGACGGAAAAGGCCCCGGUGGUUACGAUCUAAAGAUAACCCUAACUGUGGUUAGCGACUGUGAAACAAAGGAACACGAGGUCACAAAUAACGUAGAUGGGAAAAACCGGGAAUUCAUCAUCACCAGAAAAGUCAAUGGAGACGUUAUGGAUGUUACCUAUGAAGCUGUAACGUCCAAGGCUACAAUGAAAGGGAAAAUGUACAGAAAGAAAUAGUGAAAUAACCUCAUCUUGCUUCAUCAAUUUAGUACAAGCAAAAUAUCAAAUUCAGCAGGCUUAUCAAACGCCCAAAUUGAAGCAUUACAAAAAUUAGAGCGAUAGAGGAAAUACGGAUUGCUAGCCUAAUACAGAUACUUAAAAUUUUUCACACUAAAAAUCUCUGAGAAUCUUGGAUGAAUAUUUUUACUAAAAUAACAGUAAUAGAAUAUGCUAAGAAAAAAAAAUACGAAUGAUGGGGA